GCCAAAAACAUGGGAGAAGAGUGCAAGGACGCGACGGCCCAGCAGCUGCGGCAGGUUGAAGCAGCCGGCGACGGCGGCCAUCGUGCGGAGGAUGUCGUCCACCCGGCGGACUCGGCGAAGCUGUACGAGGACGUGCCGCUGAUGGCGCUCAACCACAUCUCCCGCCUCUGCAAGUCCGUCGACGCCUCCGUCCGGUUCUACGUCGAGGCACUCGGCUUCGUCCUCAUCCACCGCCCUCCCGCCCUCGACUUCUCCGGCGCAUGGCUUUUCAACUACGGGGUUGGGAUCCAUCUCGUGCAGCGCGACGACGCGCGGAAAGCCCCCGACGUCAACCCCGGUGACCUCGACCCCAUGGACAACCACAUCUCAUUCCAGUGUGAGGACAUGAGGGUGAUGGAGAGGAGGCUCAAGGAGAUGAGGAUCAGGUACAUGAAGCGGACCAUCAACGAGGAGGAAGGCUCGCCCAUCGACCAGCUCUUCUUCAAGGACCCAGAUGGCUUCAUGAUCGAGAUCUGCAACUGCGAGAACCUCGAGCUCGUCCCCGCCGGCGCGCUCGGCCGCCUCAGGCUGCCGAGAGACCGCCACAACCCGCCGGUCCGCAUGGACGGCGCCCGCGACGAGUAGGAGGCAAACGUGUCCGGAGCGUGGACGGACGGAUGUGCCAUGCCACUCACGCGUGGUGGCGUGGGCGGCCGGGUGCAUGCGCACUAGUGAGAAACUGGGCCAAGUUAAUAGGAGUAGUAGCUAGAACCUAGUGUAGCGUUCUACUGAUUUUGAGCUGCAGUGCUUCUUCUGAUCCAUGCAUGGUUCGCAUCAAGAGUUCACAAGCUUGAGUUCGAACUGCAAUUCUUGGUUUGUUGUUUGUUCGCUGCGCUCGCCUGAGGAAACUAGGAGACAGUUAUGGUAUUUUGAAUUAAAUUUGUAUGCUGAGAUUGAAUGGCUCUAAUCAA